GUGCCAUUAAGAUAAUAAAGUGCCAUCUAUUGUUGAGAUUACAAACAUUUUGAUAAACUUUUUUUGACAUAAUAUCAAAAUACGCAAAAUAUUUAUUAUUCAAGUGAAAGAAACUGAAGUGGCAACAAGUAUAGAUCUUAAUUUUAACUAUAUAACUUUUAAUGCGUUAACUAUUUUCGUGUUAAUUUUAAUUUUUACAAUGUGAAAGAAAUCUUAUUUAUUGCUAUAUUUGCAAGUCAUAAAUCUGGUCAUGUGAAGACACAUGUCAUUGUUGUUACCUGUUUAGUUUUAAAUAAUCAUUAGUUAAUCAUAGAGCAAUUAGUUUUUUAAAAUUACAACCAUGAAGUACUGUCCGCCUAAUAUAACAUUAUCAGAUGUGUGGGUAAAUCAUGGAAUAUCAGAAUGUUUUAUGGACACCGUUUCGUACACAGCAACUUUGAGUAUUUUACUUAUUUUUGGAACAUUGCAAUUGCUAAUGUAUAUGAAAUAUUCGACUAGAGUAAAUAAUGCACAAGUAAAUAAAUCAAAAUUAUAUAUUAUGCAAAUAUGUUUCACUAUUUUGAUACCAGUUUUGAGUGUUGUAAGAUUUACUCUUCAAGCUACAUAUUUUAAAGAGCAUGAUCUAUAUGGAUAUAUGAUAUUAUCAGUCGUUGCAACUGUGGUGAUGUUUCCUUUUUCCAUACUUUUAAUACAAUCGGAAAGACAUUAUUUAUUACCAUCCGUGCCCAGCAGAGGCCAUGGAUUGGUGUUACUAAUAUUUUGGACCUUAGUAUUUAUCUCAGAAAAUUUAGUCCUUGUAAAUAUUAGAAAUGCAAAUUGGUGGUUUAAUCUUAAGACGCGUAGUGAUCAGAUAGAAAUGCUACUAUUUAUUUUAAGAUACAUUUCUUGUCUUCUUGUUUUUGUUCUUGGACUUUGUGCACCAGGAAUUAAACUGAAUGUAGAUUAUAUCACGCUUGAUGAUUCACAUCAUCCAGUUAGUUUACCAAGGGAUCGACGAGAAAAUCAAGGUUCUACAUUUAGUAAUUUUUGGAGAAAGAUUAAAAUUCUUGCUCCAUUUUUAUGGCCAAAAAAAGAUUUUCUUCUGCAAUUUCGAGUCAUAUUCUGUCUACUUUUACUUCUAGCCGGGCGUGUUAUUAAUUUAUAUGUUCCAAUAUACAACAAGAUGAUUGUUGAUAGCAUAACUAUAACUAAAAUACAUACAAAACUGGUAUUCGAAUGGGGAUGGAUUCUAGUUUAUGUAUUUUUUAAAUUUCUCCAAGGGGGAGGCACUGGAGGAAUGGGCUUGUUAAAUAAUUUAAGAAGUUUUUUAUGGAUUCGAAUACAGCAAUACACUACAAGAGAAGUCGAAUUGGAACUCUUUAAGCAUUUGCAUAGCCUUUCAUUGAGAUGGCAUUUAGGAAGGAAAACCGGAGAAGUGUUGAGAGUAAUGGAUCGUGGAACAGACAGCAUUAACAAUUUACUGAACUACAUUCUAUUUUCUAUUAUGCCGACAAUAAUUGAUAUUCUAGUGGCGGUAGUGUUCUUUGUGUUAGCAUUUAAUGCAUGGUUUGGAUUAAUUGUGUUUGUAACAAUGGUUUUAUAUAUAGUUAUAACUAUUUCUGUUACUGAGUGGCGUACAAAGUUCCAAAGAAGAAUGAAUUUGGCAGAUAAUGCACAAAAAGCAAGAAGUGUUGAUUCUUUAUUGAAUUUUGAGACCGUUAAAUACUAUGGAGCUGAACAGUAUGAAGUAAAUUGUUACAAAGAAGCUAUUAUUAAUUUUCAGAGUGAAGAAUGGAAAUCUUUAAUAACAAUGAAUAUUCUGAAUACUUUACAAAAUAUAAUUAUUUGCACAGGUUUAUUGGCAGGUUCUUUAUUGUGUGUGCACAUGGUUGUCGAUGAUCAAGGCCUAACAGUGGGAGAUUAUGUACUUUUUGCUUCAUACAUAAUUCAAUUAUAUGUUCCUCUUAAUUGGUUUGGAACUUACUACAGAAUGAUUCAAAAGAAUUUUGUUGAUAUGGAGAAUAUGUUUGAAUUAAUGCGCGAAGAGCAAGAAGUUGUUGAUAUACCUGGUGCUAAAAACCUUGUCAUAAAUAAUGGCGGAAUAGAAUUUUCUAAUGUUAGUUUCAGUUACACUCCAGAACGAAGGGUACUUAAAAACAUUAGUUUUCAUGUUUCUGCUGGCAAGACAUUAGCUUUGGUUGGACCUUCUGGCAGUGGAAAAAGCACAAUUAUAAGAUUAUUAUUCCGUUUUUAUGAUGUUGAAGGUGGUGUUAUCUUGGUAGAUGGUCAAAACAUUAAAAGUGUAAAACAAGAUUCCCUUCGUAAUGCUAUUGGUGUAGUGCCCCAGGAUACUGUUCUCUUCAAUAAUACAAUUAAAUACAAUAUUCAUUAUGGUAGAGUGGAUGCACCAGACACUGAUGUAAUAAUAGCGGCUAAAAAUGCUGAUAUUCAUGAGAGGAUUUUAUCAUUCCCCGACGGUUAUGAAACUCAAGUAGGAGAAAGAGGUCUUAGACUUAGUGGUGGUGAAAAGCAAAGAGUUGCAAUUGCAAGAACACUUCUUAAAGCACCACAAAUUGUUUUAUUAGAUGAGGCCACGAGCGCAUUAGAUACACAAACUGAACGCAACAUUCAAUCUGCACUGUAUCGAGUUUGCUCGAACAGAACUACAAUUAUAGUAGCACACAGAUUGUCAACAAUAAUACACGCUGAUGAAAUUAUUGUUCUUAGUGAGGGAGAGAUUGUUGAAAGAGGAAGACAUGAAGACUUAAUAAAUGCGAAUGGGGUUUAUGCAGACAUGUGGCAACAACAGCUCCAGGCUGAUGAUAAUCAUGAUAGUGAGAAUACUGAAGAAGUUAAGCCAAAAUCGGAGGAACCAAUUGUUGUUAAUAGAAAACCACAUAAUCACCCAUAA